AUGCAACCUCUUUUUGCAAACGAUGUAAAAACAAAACCGUGUCGUGCCGCCCACGGAAACAUACCGAGAGAUACGGCACUCCACUUCGAGUCUAAGGACCUUACCCUAGACAUUGGCUCAUGGCACUACGCAAUAAGGUUGUCGCCGGUCAACGGCCGCCCACCUCCCGCGCCCCUGCGACCUCUUUUCGCUACAAUCCAACAACUUUAUAACGCGCAUUUCUGCCAACAAUAG